GGACGGGGGCGCGGCGGGGCUGCCGCAGGGUGCCCGCGGGCAGGGGCGCGGAGCCGCCGGGCGCGGUGCGGGAGGCGCGGCAGGGCCGGCGCUGCGGCGGGGGCGGGCUGCGGCGCAGGGGCGGGCCGAGCCGAGCCGCGGAGCCCCGCACCGGCAACGGCUCCCCCGGCCCCGCCGCGCACCCGAGCAGGCGCACGCUCGGCGGAGCCGCCCCUCCUCCGCUUCCCCGCGCAUGGCGCUGAGCGCGGCAGCCCCCGGCUCCGCACGUAAGUAACGGCCCCGCCGCGCCUUUGUGCGCGGGCCCGCCGCAGGUGAGGGGCUGCACCGGUCGUCUGGCGCUCUCGGCCGCGCCCCUGCCGGGCACCGGGCACAGGGGGGAGCCCGGUCAGAGCGGCCGCGGCCCGGCCCGGGGGCCCUGCUCGUCGGAGCCCCGGGGCCGGGGGAGGUGCCCUGGGGCCGGGCCGGGCCGUGGCGGCGCCUCGGGGCUGCGCUCUGCCCCGCGCAGGUGGCGGCGCGGGCGCGGCUCGCGGUGACUCCCCCGGGCCGGGGCGGCGGCGGGCGCUGAGCCCUCGGCCCGGAUGGAAAGUGGGGGUGAUGCCAGAGCGGCGCUUCGGCGGAGCGGCAGAGGCGGCGGCCGUGGCGGGGUUCCAGCGGCCGCCGAGCUCGGCGCUCCCCCGGCCGCGCAGACCGGCGUGAACAUGGAUGGGCCCGGCGGCGGGGGGAGCGGGGCAGCCGCAGGCACGGACGCUGCUGCAGCGCCGGCGGCCCGCGGGGCCCCCACCCCGCCGCCGCGCGGCCCCGGCUCCAGGGACCCCAAGCUGGUCCAUCAGCGGUUCCUGCGGAGGAGCGUGGUGGACUCGGACCAGGAGGAGCCCGCCUUCGACCUGCCCGAGGCGGAGCACCAACGGAGAAUCAUCCUGCUCCCCAAAACCAGGAGGAUAAUCGCGGAGCGGGCGAAGGCGGGGCAGGGGGCGGCGGAGGCGGCGGGCCGGGAGGCCGAGUGCUCCGGGGAGCCGCGGGCAGCGCCGGCCGCGGGCAGCGCCGCGGGCGCCGAGGAGCCGAAGGAGCCAGGCAAGGAUGCGGAGCGGAGAGAAGCGCAGGAUGCUGCCAAGGACCAGGGCAAGGCUAAGAAAGAGGAGCCGGAGGAGGAGGCUGAUAUGAAAGCGGUUGCCACCUCGCCCGAUGGCAGGUUCCUAAAGUUUGAUAUUGAACUCGGGCGGGGAUCCUUCAAAACGGUCUACAAGGGUCUGGACACGGAGACGUGGGUGGAAGUCGCGUGGUGUGAACUGCAGGACAGAAAGCUCACAAAAGUAGAGAGGCAAAGAUUUAAAGAGGAAGCAGAGAUGUUGAAAGGUCUACAGCACCCAAACAUCGUGAGGUUUUAUGACUUCUGGGAAUCCUGUGCAAAAGGCAAAAGAUGCAUCGUGCUGGUUACCGAGCUGAUGACCUCUGGAACGCUGAAGACGUAUCUGAAGAGGUUUAAAGUGAUGAAGCCUAAAGUCCUGCGGAGCUGGUGUCGGCAAAUCCUGAAAGGUCUUCUUUUCUUACACACAAGAACUCCACCAAUAAUUCACAGAGACUUGAAAUGUGAUAAUAUUUUUAUUACUGGACCAACUGGAUCUGUGAAAAUAGGAGACUUGGGUCUGGCAACCCUCAAAAGAGCUUCAUUUGCCAAAAGUGUCAUAGGUACACCAGAGUUCAUGGCCCCGGAAAUGUACGAGGAACACUAUGAUGAAUCUGUGGAUGUCUAUGCGUUUGGAAUGUGCAUGCUGGAAAUGGCUACCUCAGAAUACCCUUACUCAGAAUGCCAGAAUGCUGCUCAAAUCUACCGGAAAGUAACCUGUGGUAUAAAGCCAGCAAGCUUUGAGAAAGUUACCGAUCCUGAAAUUAAAGAGAUAAUUGGGGAGUGCAUCUGCAAAAACAAAGAAGAAAGAUAUGAAAUUAAAGAUUUAUUAAGCCAUGCCUUUUUUGCUGAAGAUACUGGGGUAAGAGUGGAACUUGCAGAAGAAGACCAUGGUAGGAAAUCCUCUAUUGCCUUAAGACUCUGGGUAGAAGAUCCUAAGAAACUGAAAGGAAAACCCAAAGAUAAUGGAGCCAUUGAGUUUACUUUUGAUCUGGAGAAGGAAACUCCUGAUGACGUUGCACAAGAAAUGAUUGACUCAGGCUUUUUCCACGAGAACGAUCUCAAGAUUGUGGCCAAGUCCAUCCGUGACCGAGUGGCGCUGAUCCUCUGGAGGAGGGAGCGCAUCUGGCCCAGGAUGCAGCUGGAGGAGCGCCGCGACUCGGAGUGCCUGGACAAGCUGAAGGCGCCGCAGGCACAGCAGGUCCAGGUCACCUACCUGUCCCACACGGGCCACCACAUCCUGUCGGAGCCUGAGGAGCCGGAGGCGGACCAGCACCCCUUCCAGCAGAACCUGCCCGCCAGCGUCACCUCUGUCGCCUCUGACAGCACGUUUGACAGCGGCCAGGGUUCCACAGUUUAUUCGGACUCACAGAGCAGCCAGCAAAGCGUCAUCUACUCGUCCCUGCCAGACACUGUCCCUCCUGCCAUCCAGAGGGUGUACAGCCCCCCCCUGAGCGAGGGUCAGCCUGUGCCCCACAGCCUCCCCCAGCUUGGACACUACCAGCAGCCCUCGGCACCCGUCCUGCCUGUGGUGCCAGCCACGCCCGCCGUGGUGCCCCAGCACUACCAGGAGCCGGCGAUGCCGUUCCCCGUGGUGCCCAGCACCGUGGCCUCGCUCCCGCUGGGGCAGCCGCCGCCACCCGUGCUGGCCGGCCAGCAGCAGCAGCAGCAGCCCAUCUCGCAGGCAGCCUCCCUGCAGCAGGUGCUCGGCAGCCAGCCCGUGUGCCCGCUGCCGCCAGCCCCGCACCUGCUGCCGCCCUUCCCGGCGCAGGGCUCGCAGGUGCCCGCCAGCAGCACCCCCCUGAAGCCCCUGCAGAUCUCCACGGUGCCGCAGAUCCCGCCCGUGGCCCCUUCCCAGAUUCCUCAGUUUCCUGUCAUUCCUGCAAUUACUCCUCUGGCAGGGCUUGACAGCCUUCCUCCAAACCUGUCUGACAUACCUGCUGCAAACGUGCCCCCCAUUCCUGCUCCCUCCCAGUACUUUGCUCCAGCUGUGAUCCUGCCUAGCCUGCCCAUGAACCCCACACUGCCCAUGGCACCCAACUCCCCCGCCCUGCCCAUGCAGGCCGUCAACCUGCCUCACACCACCGUGGCUUCUCUGGUGCUGCCCUGCCAGCCCAUCGUGCCAAACAUGCCAGCGGCCACCAUCCCGCUGCUGGCGGUGGCGCCGCCGGGGGUGCCGCCAGGGCUGCCGCCGCUGCCGCCGCAGCCCGUGUUCCAGCCCGCCUUCCAGCCACUGCUGCCCAGCGACACGCCCUCGCCCCACCACACGCAGAGCUCUCAGCCCAUGUCCCAGCCACAGCCACCUCCUCCAGCCCUGCAGCCCAGCGUGAUCCACCCUCCUGAGCCGGCUCACCAGCCCAUGCCUGGACACACUCAGUUUGCUCUGGAAGCUGGAGCGCAGGUGCCCGUGCUGCCAGUGCAACCCUCCAUGGUCAUGUCGCCGCCGUUGCAGCUGCAGCCGGAGCUGGUGCCAGCCUGCGUCGCUCCCGAAGGCGUCCCCCAGGUCCAUGGCAGCCUUGCCACGGCUGCCCCGCCCGCCCCCAUAGAGCCUGGCCUGCCUCUCCAGCCCUCUGCUCUGCUGCAGCUCCAGCCUGAUCUUUCCCAGCCACUGGGCCAGCAGCUCCCAGCUCCCUGCUCGGCUGUCGCAGCAGGCACAGAGACUUCUCAAGAGGAGCAGGCAAUACAGGACAAACUCCAAGCUCUGUCCCAGAGUUGCGAAAGCUACAUGAGUCCAGAUGUUGCUUCUGGUAAAGAGAUGAGUGACAGCUUGGAAGGAGCAACAGGAAGUGGAAAGCAAGAAGGAAAGUCUUCAAAGAAGCAUAAGAAAUCCACGCGUGCUCGUUCGCGCCAGGAGAAGUCCAACAGACCCAAACUGACCAUAUUAAAUGUGUGUAACACAGGGGAUAAGAUGGUGGAGUGCCAGCUUGAAACCCAUAACCACAAAAUGGUGACGUUCAAGUUUGACUUGGAUGGUGACGCACCGGAGGAAAUUGCUACUUACAUGGUGGAGAAUGAAUUCAUCUUGCAAAGUGAAAAGGAGACUUUUAUUGAGCAAAUGAAGGAUAUCAUUGAUAAGGCAGAAGAUAUGCUCAGUGAGGAUACAGAAGGAGAGCGAAGUUCUGACCAGGGAAUAAGUCCCCAGCAAGAUGCAGAUAGGCUGGAAAUAAGCGAGGAGAAGCGUCAGUCUCAAAUGAAGACACCUGUGUAUCAGCAAAACGUUUUGCAUACUGGAAAAAGGUGGUUUAUCAUUUGUCCAGUGGUGGAAAACCCUACUACAGAUGCCCCUGAGUUUUCUCCCCCGGUGCCUCCCAGUGCCCAGCAGACAGAAGGGCCAGACCCGGAGCAGUCAGAUGAGCAGCCGGUGAGCUCUGCAGUGACAGAGGCCCCUGGGCUUGGGGCUGGCCAGCAGCUUCCCCUGCACACAGGGGCCAGUGACAGCCCCCUUGGAGCCACCCCGUCCUUGGCACCAGCUCCUGCCAGCACAGCAAGCCAGCCAGAGUUCCCGGUCCCAGCCCCGCCAGCAUCUGCCCCGAGCAUCGCGGAGCCCGCGGUGGCCAGCGGCGCUCAGCCGGAGUUCCCCCGAGCCGUGGGGCUGGAGGAGCCCCCCGAGCCCCCGGCCCCGCACCUGCAGCCGCAGGCGGACGAGCCGGCGUGCGUGCCCGACCUGGAGGUCGUCUGCUGCAGCGUGGGGCCGCCCGCGGCCGUGCCGGCGGCUCCGGGGCCGCUGCCCGCCGACGCCGCGGUGCUGGAGCGGCAGCCGGCGCCGCAGGGGCCGCACCUGCCCGAGGGCAGCCAGCCCUUCCCCGCGGCCGCCGGCCCCGACGCCCUGGGCUUGUCGGGGUCCCAGCUGCAGAGCCCCACGCAGGUGCCGCUGGCCGCGUCCCAGCAGCUGCCGCUGGCACAGGGGGGCACGGGGAUGGCCGGGGCAGGGGUCAGCCUGCUCCAGCAGCAGAACCCCCCCGGCACGGCCGAGUCUGACAGCGAGGGCCCCCCCAGGGUGGACUUCGUGGACAACACAAUUAAAAGCCUUGAUGAGAAGCUGCGCAAUUUGCUGUACCAGGAGUAUGUUCCAACUUCUUCGGCAUCAGCAGGGACGCCGGACACCUCUGUGCCACCCGAACAGGGCGACAAUGAAUUUACCUUAUCCCCUUUUCCUGAAGAGCAAGCUCCUGCCCCAGCGUUGGAUGGGAGAGAACCAGGCAUCCCAGACACCGGCCAGGAGGUGAAAGCUGCUGCCGAGCCGCUGGUGCCCUUUGUGCCCUUGGAGGCCUUGCCUUGCCCACCGCUGUUGAACAAGCCGGAAGUCACUGGUGUGAGUGCUCAUCCCUCAGAGGCAAGAGGUGGGUCAGCAGGCAGAACAGGUCCAGUCCCAAGCAUCGCUUCAGCUCCUGAUGCUCCAGCAAAAGGCCUCCUUCAGGUUGCACCUCCAUCAUCAGGCACAGCUCCACAGAUGGAGACUUUCCAGAGGAGUGAGGAGGCAGAGAGGACAGCUUCGCCCGCACACACAGGGAGCGUGAUGCGGCGAGCAACAGCAGAUGGGGCGAUGAGUAACUUCCACAGGGAUGGCUCUCCGGGCUCUGGUUCCUAUGGAAAACAGCCUGAGGCUCUGGAGAGUGGCACGCCAGCCAAAACCAUUGGCAGGUUUUCAGUCAUCAGCACGCAGGACGAAUUAACUUUAGCAGCACCGCACUGCUUGAGGUUCUCGGCCCCACCAGACGUGUACCUGGACGAGCUGCCCUCCAGCCCGGACAUGAAGGUGGCUGUCCGCAGGGUCCAGACAGCCUCUUCUGUGGAUGUCCUGUGCGACCAGGCCUCGAGCGACUCCGCCGAGGAGCCCUUCCCGCGGCAGCCGGCGGCUGCUGCAGCUGCACAGCUCUCUCCCCCCAGCAGCAGCACAGCCACGGACUUGAUCAAAAAAGCAGCUGCUUUUCUGCAGAGGUCUGCCAAAGGUGGCUCCCCUGGCCCAGAGUCGCCCAACGGGCAAGGUGCGAAGAUUCCUACCAUCAACAUCACGUCCUUCCACUCACAGUCGUCCUACAUGAGCAGUGACAAUGACUCAGAGUUUGAAGAUGCUGAUAUGAAGAAAGAAUUGCAGAACCUGAGAGAAAAGCAUAUGAAAGAGAUUGCUGAGCUGCAGACGCAGCAGAAGAACGAGAUAGAGGCACUGUAUAUUCGCCUGGGAAAACCCCUUCCUCCCAACCUGGGCUUCCUUCACUCUGCCCCACCAAGCAGCCGGCGCCGAAGAACCAGCAAAAACAAAUUGAAAGCUGGAAAACUCUUAAAUCCUCUGGUCCAGCAGCUCAGGAGUGGAACAUCAAGCACAAGUAACCUUUCAGACUCUAAAGACUCACCCCACAAAGAAAGCAGUAACUCGCAGCCGGGCUUCCCCGAAGCCGCCGCGGUGCCUCCUGGUGCAGCCCCUGCCUUUGGCAAGGCUGUGCAGACCCAGCAGCCCUGCUCUGUCAAAGCCUCUCUGUCCUCUGACAUCUGCUCCGGCCUGGGCCCCGACGCAGCGGACGCCAACGCAGGCUCUGGCCAAGGCUGGACGGUUUUCCACCAAACGUCUGAGAGAGUGACCUAUAAAUCUAGUAGCAAACCUCGUACCAGAUUCCUCAGUGGACCUGUGUCUUUGUCCAUCUGGUCCACCUUGAAACGACUAUGUCUAGGCAAAGAUCACAGUAGUAGAUCCUCGACCAACAGCCUGGUGACGUGUCCUGAGCCCCUCCCACAGUCGACGCUGCAGGUUCAGGCCAACAACAGUAACAACAAGAAAGGGACGUUCACAGAUGACCUGCACAAGCUGGUGGACCAGUGGACGAGCAAAACUGUUGGAGCUGCACAGACAAAACCUUCUUUAAACCAACUGAAGCAGAACCAAAAAAGGCAAGACAUGGAGCCAAAGGCUAACCCCAUGCAAACGCAGAAUGAGACUUGUGGAGUAAGUUCGGUAAGGACAGGACUGGGGAGCAAGUGCCCCGUUCCAGUGGCUUGCCCCAUGCCCACAGGAUUAGCUCCUGGAGCUGCACCGUCCCUGCCAGUGCCCGUGCCAGGGCCCGCCCUGGCUGGCGCGGUGGCACCGUACGUGAUGCCUCUCUGUCAGUACGGAGCCGUGUUCCCGUCGCCCGUGUACGGAGUGCCGUGGCCGGGGCCGGUGGCGCAGCCGGGGCUGGUCCAAGGGCCCGGCAUCGUGCGCUUCUCGCCGCUGGGCCGGAGCUGCCUGCGGAUGUUCCCGGUGCCGCUGCAGCGCCCGGCCCGGCCGGCCAGCCCACGGCUGCGCAUGACCUAGCGUGGGGCCCUGCCACGGGGACCCUGACGUGAGUGACUGUCAGUGGGUGGCCUUGCCAUGGGGACCCUGCCACGGGGACCCUGACGUGAGUGACUCUGUCAGUGGGUGGCCUUGCCACGGGGACCCUGCCACGGGGACCCUGACGUGAGUGACUCUGUCAGUGGGUGGCCUUGCCACGGGGGCCCUGCCACGGGGACCCUGACGUGAGUGACUCUGUCAGUGGGUGGCCUUGCCACGGGGACCCUGCCCUGCGUUUUGAUGCCGUCGCGUUGGAGUGUUUGCUCUGUACGUGCCAUGGUCUGUGUGGGGUGAGGCAGGGCCCCGGGCACAGCCGUACCCUGCAUCAGCAAUCACUGUGAGGCGGCAUCACCACAGAUCGUUUGUUGUCAAGGCAAUACCUGCUUCUGUCCCAUUGCUGAAGACACUUUAUUCCUUGUGUUCUGUUUCACACUUGUGAUCCUUAACGUCAUUGUACUUGAAUUGAUAAUUAGCAAAUUGUACUAACCCUGCAGGAGUUCAGUGCCUUGAAUCUCAGCUUUCCAGUCCCAGCUGGAAAGAGAUGUACAAUUAUUUGAAAGGUGUAUUUUAUUUACAAUCUGCUUGAGAGUUGGAGGUCUUUUUAUUUGCAAAGAUAUUGCGGGUUUACAGUUGAUGUUCCUCAUCAGCUUCAUUUUGCUGUAAAUGCUUUGUUUUUAUUCACGGGUUGAAUUUUCAUUUCUGAAGCUUUUAGAAAUAAGAAUUGUGAGGUGAGGUUUCUUUGACAUGCUUGUUUGAUGCACUGAUCGUAAAAUUGUUGGUGUUUGUACAAGAAGUAGUGAAGUGCACAUUGUAAUGUAGGAGCAUUUACAGAGUGAUCCAAGGAAGGUGUAUACAAGGACAGGGGAACAGCUUCAGGCAGCGCUCUCUGUUCUCCUUCCCAGCCUGUGGUGAAGUCAUUGUAGACGACAACUUAAUUCUGUAACAGGCAGCAAAUGCUGUUUUCCUCUGGAUCAGCGGCACGCUGGAUUUCAUUUCCUUUCCCUAUGUUGUGGGCUUUUAUAAUUUAGUUAAAUCACAAGUUUGUGCGUGUUCCAUAAGUGAAGACAAGUGAAUGGAACUGUUGAUUCUAGCAGACCGUGUCUGCAGGUGGCUGUGAGCCCCGUGUGAGCAGAGCACGCACACACGUUCGGGUUCUGCUCCAGCCACUGAGCUUGAGGGUGAUGUCUGGUCCUUGGUGUGUCAGCUGUGUUCAUGCUAAAACAGAAUAAAAAUGUCAAGCUGUUCUUUUUCACAUCUGAUACUCCAGGUUUGGUGUCUCACCGCCUUCUGUUUGGAAUAAUUUAUUUAUUUAUUUCUCUUUAUUUUUACCCAAGUUUGCGCUCCAGGUGGCACGGACACCUCUCUCCUGUUCAAAAGUUGCUUGCUUUUUUCCUAUUUUACUGUGCACAGAGCCUCCACCUACACUUAGUGUAAAGGCACAAGGUAACCACUAGAGCUGGUUUGCCAUGGUAAGUCUCCUUCCUCCCCCGAGUGCUACAGGCAGCGUUACAGGCACAGGACCCAGGUGUGGCCACACCCAACGGCCCCACCAUGACAUUUCGUAGCCCUCUGCUGAGGGGCAGAGACGUCCUAUGCUGCCAAGCUGUGAAUUGUAUAGUUCUAUGGUACUUCAAGCAUUAUACCUGUCUAAAUUACUUUGUUUGUACCCUUUGAAUAUAUUACUCCAUCAAUUCAGUUAGAAUUGAAUUUAUAGACAAUUAUGCAGAGUCUUCUGCCUGGGUAAAAUACUUACUGCAGUAAGAGAUUUCUGUUCUCUGUACCAUGUAUCUUUAAUUUGUUUGGGUUUUUUAAAUUCAUGUCUGUAUGCUUCAUGAGCAAACAUGGAAAAUAUGUUCUCACACCGGGUUCCCUUUGGCUCACACUGAAUCCUACAGUUUAUGUUGCUAUUGCCUGUAUAGUCCAUCCCUUGUAUACUGACAAAGUCAGUGGCACUAAAAGCCCCAAGAAAUUGUAUAGAUUAAAAAGAAAAAUAAACAUUUUGUGCUUGAAAAUGGUGUGAAAAAGCCAGUGUUUUCCUAAACCAUAGAGCAGUGUCGAUUUCCAGCUGUUCCAGGUAAUUGUGUGUUUGUUUUCCAGACUGGUUCUUGUCCCGGGGUUGUGUAGCAGGAGCAGACGUGGCGCCUGCAGCAGUUGUUGGGCACCGAGCCCUGCCUGGGGCCGGGCUCUGCAGAGCAGAGGGGCUGCAGCCUCAGCUGGUUCCUCUGAGCACAUGGCUCCCUCAGGGGUGCUGGUGCUGCUCUUGAGGAUGCUCAGUUUGGUAGGUGGGAAAGAGGCCCAUGAACUCUCUCUUGAACUGCAGGGUACUAGGGAAGCCCUUCAGAAGGAUCCUGGCAUCAUUUAAGUGUGAGGAAGCUCGGUCCUGUUGCCAGCACCCUGUUGGCAGUCACCAUCAUUGGAUUCUGAAAAUGAGACCACCAGUGACUGACACGUGGCCCCCACAGCUACGGUGCCAAGCGCAAGGCCCCACCGCGGCCAAGGAGGAGGAAGAGGAAGAUGGGAAAUGAUUUAUCGUGUGUGAGGAAUUCUGUGCUGUUCUGGUCCAUUCAAUGCUAUUUUGUAACUUCUUUCUAAUCAUUUUUUUAUUUAUAGUUGGAAAUACAAAAAUGUUAUGCAAUAAAAAAUAAAGGAGAAUUA